UGUGUACAAUGUAUGGUAACGUAACCAAGCAACAUCGGGAUCAUCAGCUGCUGUGUACGUGUGUUUAUGUUGUGUAUCAUGCACAAUUAAUCUCCGCGAGUACAAUAGGCCUUCGAUCAGAGUUGAUGUGCGGGAAAUCUCGGGUAACGUCAGUGCAUGUGGUCCGGUGAUCGGCUGUGAUGUGGGAGGACGCGUAAACUAAGCUGACAACUUAACUUUUCGCUGAGAAUUUCCAGGAAUUUGACAUUAAAUAAUUCAAUUUGAACCGGUAAGACAAAAUUAUUUUACCAACUGAAAUCAAGACACUGUCAGCCACUUUAAAGUUAUUUUUAUUGAGACAAGCUAGGAUAUAGAAAGCCACCAUGUCAGGGUCAGGAUCAGGCAAGACGGACAUGGAGAGGAUUGGCCUCUUUCAGGAGAUGGGCUAUGUCUCCAUUGGAGAUAGAUAUGUUCCACCAGGUUCAAAACCCUUCAAUGAAGCUGCGGGUAAGAACAAGCAGAUGUUGCCUGGCGGUAGCAAGGUUAGGUCUGCUCUCCAGGCAGGCUAUUUUGAUGAGAAGUUCUCCAGGGUGUUUGAAUCAGAAGCCUACAGUGACGCCGUCAAGAGGAGAAGACAAGAUAGACUGAAGGAGGGUAAAAAGAACAUCGGCAAAGCCUUCCUUCCCAGCAGUGGAGAGAAACAAAUGAGUGGUCUUGGCAAUCACUACGGAACUCUUUCAGGACCUGUCCCAGCUUUCAGUCCUGUCAAGAAAGGAGGUAAAGGUCACAAAAGCGCUGGAAGGAAUGUAAUCACAAACCCUGGCAAGAAGGGUACAGGAUACGGGUACCCUGGGUUAACACUUGGAAAGGGCAUAACAUAUUCGUCAAAUACAUAUGACAAAGGAAAAGAAUUAAGAAGGAAAACUCUUGAGCAGCACAAAGCAGCCAUGAAGGGUGGAGCGUUCCGUCUCAACAUGCAUCCCAAGGCGCUGUUUGAUGGUAACCCCUAUGCUCAUGACAGACCGCUGCCUCCCGUGAAGCCAAAACUCGCAACGAAAAAGAUCACCACUCCGUUCAAACCAAGUCACCCGGCCAAGAUCAUCGGUGGCGCGAAGGCCGGCACCUUUGACCCUUACCCCUCGCAUUCCAAUGACCCCUACCGCCCUAAGCUGAAGAAGGGACCGCCCCCUACAAACAGCAGCGGCAAGAUCUUCACUCCAUCUCCCGGACCCAAGUCUGCGCCAACUACUUCUGUCAUCAAUCAAAAUGUUAUCAGAACCAUAAACAGCACCAACUUCAGAUCGAUAGGAACAACAUUAGCAUGAUCAUCUUGUAAUUUGAAUGCAAAUCGAAAACUGAAUGUGAAAUAUGAACAUUGGUGUAUUCAGACUAUGUGACGAAUGAAGAACACUUGAGCCCUUGAAGAACGUAGCUUUGUAGUUGUGUGAACAUUCCGUCCUUUGAUGCACCACAUUGUAGCAGACUAAGAAGAUAUCAAGUGGACUUGUCUUUCCUUGUUAUAGUUGGAUCAUUUCUCCUGUGAUGAAGAUUUGAUUACUUUGGAUAAACUACUAGCCGACAUUGAGGAAAAAAUAAUACACACAGAAAUCAUGAAGAUGAAUUAAUCUAUGCAUGCAGCAAUGAUGGUCAGAGAAUUUGCCUUUUGUCGUGUCUUGCUACAAGUCCAUCAGUGUUAAGUGUAUCAUGUGUGAAAUCUCAGCCUUUAUAUCUUCUUUGGGAUUGGUGAAAUAUCCCUGAAAUGCAGAAUGUAAUAUAUGUAUGUUAAAUAUUAUAGAGUUGUAAAUAUGUACAUUAUGAUAAAUUGAUUGAAUAGAAACAAUUCUUUUAUUUAAUCAAUGUAUUCCAAGAUGGCAAAUAUUUAUUCAGCAGCACUGCUCAAAGUUUGACAGAAAUAGAAGGAAGUCUAUAAUUCUGUAAUCUUUCAUUUGAUUUUAGUGAGAUUGAAACCCAACUUUCUAGAACAUGUUUCAGAGGUAAUUUGAGGGAAAGGGGGGGGGGGGCAAAUUGCAAUGGCCCAUGGUUAAUUGUAUGAAUAGUGUAAGGUGAGAUAAUUAUGUUGAUCUUCUUUGACAUUAUUCUUAAAAAUUGUUUCAAAUGCAAAUCACAUUAAUGGGGACAUCAAUGCUGGGGCCGGUUUCGUAAAGAGUAACAACUAUUUAGAAUUUUGUCAUUAUGGCAAUGGUAACCCGGAGCAACCAAUUACUGUCAAGGUUUUCAUGGUAGUUACAAAAAUAACAAAGAUACAAUAGUGUUAUAGGUUUAUAUGAAACCGGCCCUGGAUCAUGGGAAAUAAAUUCAGGAGACUCUCACAUAAAGUGUCUAACAAGGUAUGCUUAUCUACAUAUACAUGUAGCAAGAGGUCUAUUUGAUCCUAUUCCUUAAUAUCAUUAUUUUAAUUUUUGAUGCAAACAAUUGUGAUUUCUUAACAUAACACAAAUAUUUUUAUGAAAAAUGAAUUUUUGAUAUCAAGAACAUUACUGUGCAUCCAUAAUAGAAUCUAACCAAGGAAUAAGGAUGUGUUAAAACAGUUUGCCAUAUGUCAGCAUAUUCUGGGUAUAAUGUUCAAGUAAAACAAGUCCCCUGUCAGUAAAAGUGCCAAUUUUUUAUCUCUCAAAUUGGUCUGAUUAAGUAAAUUUUUGGACUUUGGCAGUCUAUAAUGACAAAGAUAAUUGUCAAUAAUUUAUCUUGGUUCUCUUGGUCUACUAUCAUUUGGUCUAAUUAAUGUCUACAAUGCACUUGGUCUAAUACCCGAAUUGAUACCCAGGUUCCAUUUUCACUGGAUAUAUUUAUUUUGCACUAUGUCAAAUGAAAUGGAUUUAUGAAUAGUUCAUCUAAUUAUAUAGACUAAGAGUUGUUAGACAAAGUGGAUUAUAAGACAGUACAUUGACAAAAAUAUAAGAAUAUGAAAUUGGAGAGGUAUGUUAAAAGAAUAAUUAGAGUAACAUUUUAAGAAGCUAGAUAAAUUUAAUAGCUGAAUAGUAAAUCAAAAUAAGCGCACAAAAUACAGAUAAACACACUGAUAUUUUUAAAAAGAAAUUUAUUCCAUGUUGAAUAUCAUCAUAUUAUAUAUGAUCUUCCUUGUUGAUUCGAAAAUGGAAUAUUCCAACAUAUGCAAUAUAUCAACUAUGUCAACAAUUCCAUCCAUCCGUCCAAAAAAAAAGGUAUUCCUGUAUCCAUAGCAUAUUUGAUAAAAAUAUGAAUGGUUGCUAAUCAUGUAUUCUAAAAUUGCUAAUUAAUGAUUUUUUUCUUGCAAAAUUGCUAUGAAUUAGAUAUUUGUAAUAAAUGACAAA